GGUUCUGCCCUAUUAUACAAACAGGUGGGCGGUUUCUACAAGCAUUAUAAGAGUGAAAGGACGUUUCAGCUUCUGCAAUACAAGCGUAAAGAGACGUCUGCAGGUAAACUGACAGCCAAUAUCCUGCCCAUUUAUCCAAGGAGGCGCUGUAGGGUUUUACAACAAGUUGAGAAGAUCAUAGGAAUACCGUAGUCCCCAUAUCCAGUCGUGAAAAGGAAAUGCAUACAUCUUUGCCCGUAGCCGUUUAGAAACGUUCCCUUCAUUUGCUGCUGCGGUUUACGGUGCGCCAUAUGGGACCGUUACUAACAGAUAUGCCGCUGGUGGCAUCCUUCGUCGACUCGCGAUCAGAAGGCAGCGGCACGUCUUUCUCCGGUGGGGACUGCCCAAGCCCAUCUGAAUCGGAGAGAGGAGGACAGAAAGGAGUGUGUGUGGACCGGAGAGGUAAAAGAAGAGUGAAGAACAGAGACGCUGCCAGGAAGAGCAGGAAAAAACAGACGGAGAGAGCAGACAUUCUCCACCAGGAUCUACAGACCUUGGAAAGUUCUAACUCAGCUCUAGAGAAGGAGAUUGCUGGUCUGAGAAGAGAGUUCCGGCUCUACACAGCCACCCUUGAGCAACAUGAAUCUGCCUGCACCCUCCGGCCCUCGUCUAUACCCGCCAAUAUCCCCUGCUGCCAGAUCCUGUCCCCCUCCGCGUCAUCUAUUGCCCCUGUGACUACCCCUGCACCCGCUGUGUCACCUCAAACCACCCCGGCACCCGCUGUGUCCCCUCAAACUACCCCGGCACCCGCUGUGUCCCCUCAAACUACCCCGGGCUCUCUUCUUGCCCCAGUACCUGGAGGGCAGAGGACUUGUUUACCACUCCCCACUCUCGUCACUGUUCCUUCAACUGCCCAUGUGACUAACCCCUACCCUUUGCUUUCCACUCUAUAUUCCCCAAUAUCUAAUAAUGCCUCUCUGAUUGCCCCAAACAAUAUUUGUUCCUCUCCAAUUACCCCAAAAACUAAUAUUUCCCCUCUAACUACCUCGAUAAAUAAUCUUGCCCAUCCAACUACCCCAAUAACUAAUCUUGCCCCUCCAACUAUCCCUGCUCCUACACUGUCACCCAUCUCCUACCCUCUGACCAUGUACCCUCUGAACUUGUCUACCCCAGCCAUUGAACCCCCAAUAGAAUUGUCCCUCUCCGACAUCCUGGACAGUCCUGAUUGGCUCUGCGACCCUGCAUCACCCACCUGGGGCGAGUUCUAAUGGACCAAUCACACUGUUUGGCGAAUGGUUGAAAGCAGCUGGUGGUCGCCUCUGACCACAGAACAUCAGUACUGAUUUUCUGGCAAUUUUCUGAUGAAUCUCCACAUUGAAUCUCCACUGUCCAUCGACAGACAACCACCCAGGUGAUCUACAGCCAACGUCUGUGAUGACGUGUCUUCCACGGAGUAAGAUUCCUGGCACCCUGUGAAAGACUCAUUUAGGUUUCUGUAGAAAAGAACAGAAAGACACUUAAAAUUGAUGGACUCUGGUGUUUGGUACAUGUAUAUACCAAGCACAUGUACUGGUUGUUCACAUCUUGUGAGGAAUUCUGUAGCUGUUAUGUUGAUUCUCGGUUUGUGUUUUUGAAUAACCGGCCCUGUUCAUUGGUCAUAACAGACUAUUGGCCCUGUUCAUUGGUCAUAACAGACUAUUGGCCCUGUUCAUUGGUCAUAACAGACUAUUGGCCCUGUUCAUUGGUCAUAACAGACUAUUGGACCUGAUCAUUGGUCAUAACAGACUAUUGGCCCUGUUCAUUGGUCAUAACAGACUAUUGGCCCUGAUCAUUGGUCAUAACAGACUAUUGGCCCUGUUCAUUGGUCAU